UAACAAUGGACUAACCAAACCAACUCUUUUCUCUCCCAAGAGAAAACCAUCCUAGCGUAACCCUAAUGUCACCUCGCCGCCGCCACCCUUUACCCAUCGAACCAUCGGCUAAAGCUGAUUUCGGCGUCACUAACACCGCCUCCCAUCAACCCCUGUCCCUUUCUCCCCUUUUCUUCAAGUAACAGAGCUUCGAACAGCUCGUCCAAGUCAAAUCAGCCCCCUAAUCAAGAAGCACGCAAGGAUCUUUGGGUUUCUAGGCCGAUCUUCCAACAAUCCAUAGGAUAAAGGCUCGUUUCAAUCCGUUGGAGCCUAAAACCAUGAAGAAACCACUAGAUUCGGACCUCUAGCCUUCAAAUCGCUCCGAAAAGGUGAAAAUCUGUCACUUUUUUGUUCAUCAUUUCAUUUUUCGAAAUUUCAGAAUUUUCCUUCCUUUUUAUUCGAAAUUCAAAGAAGGCAAAAUCCCCUGGAAGAAGCUGUUGAAACCCCCUCAGCGUUUGCCUAUAAAUACGACCUUCCUGGGCUGUUUUAGAUAAGUUUUGAAGGCUAAAAAUUCCCUUUGAACUAGGCUGAGAAUUUGAGAGAAAACUUUUAUUUACUUUAAAGUUGAAUUGGAAAAUCGUUUUCUUUUUCAUAAGUCUUCGUGACUAAAAAGUCCAUAGUUCUUUCUACGUUCUCAGAAAAAUCCUUUUUUUUUUUUUUGGGCUGUAUAAUUUUGGUUGUUCUUGGCUAAGCAAAGAUUGGUUUAAGUGGAUUCGGAGACUCGACGAUGACACUAGCCUCAGUUCGCUGUCCCAGAGAAGAGUUCACGAACUUGCGACUUGUGGCUUCAACAAUGGCGGAUGGCACUAGAAUGCAGACUAUGGAUGCAAGGAUCAAUAGGCAUGAAGAGGUACUCGUGGAGUUAACUAUUGGCCAGCAAACUUUGCAACAAACACAACUUGAUAUUCAAGGAACAUUGGAGCUGAUUUUGAAUCGUUUGACUGCUUUGGAGAGACCACAAGCAGAUCCAAAUAGAGGAGGAUUGCUUCCUAUUCCUACAGCCGAAGUAAGACCAAAUAGAGAAGUAGGAUUUCCAGUUCCACCUCUUAAAUGAGAAUUACCUAGAUUUGAAGGUCAGGAACCUAGUGUAUGGCUGAGAAAAUGUGAGAGGUAUUUUAAUUUGUAUAGAACUGUUGAAGAAUCUAAGGUUGAAAUUGCUGCUCUUUAUCUUAAUGGAGUAGCUGAGGUGUGGUUUAAUUCAUUAACCUUGAGUAGAGGAGUUGUAACUUAGGCUGAAUGUAAGGAAGAACCGUAUAAUAGGUUUGGUGAAAAUUUAAUGGAGGGUGUGGUAGAAGAAUUUAACAAACUUGAAUAGACAGGGACAGUAGAAGAAUUUCUGAGCAAAUUUGAGGUUCUCAAAUCCCAUAUGCUCAUUAGAAAUCUGAUUCUAGAAGAAGCACAUUUUUUGUCUAGUUUAUGGGUGCUCUUAAGGAAGACAUCAAGUUUGGGGUCAAGUUGUUAAAACCCACCACCUUGACUAGUGCCAUAUAAUAGGCUAGAAUGCAAGAGAAGGUUAUUGAAGCUGCUAGCAAAAGAGACAAAACACCAGGAAAAGCUGCUGCUAGCAAAAGAGACAAAACACCAGGAAAAACAUACUCUAACACUGGAGUGAUGACUACUCAAAGGGUUUCAGCCAUACCAACUGAAAGCACUAGUACUUAUAGGUUGAGUCCCGAAAUUUAUGAGUAUAGAAAGGCUAGUCACUUAUGUUUCAGAUGUGGUGAGAAAUAUGCACCUGGACAUCAAUGUAGUAACAAAUAACUUAAUUAUUUGGUUGGGGAGAAUGAUGAUAAUCCUAAAGCUAUAGUGGGCCAUCCUGAAAUUCAAACAGGAGAUCCUCAUGUAGCUGAGAUCAUGAUAAAAGGGGAAAUAGAGCAAGAAGUAUUGGAAGCUUUUUGUCUUAGUGCACUAGCAGCCAAAAACUUUGGGAUGAACUCUAUACUAGUCAUUGGCAAAACAAAAAAUAAAAGUUUAGUAGUAUUAAUUGAUUCUGGUAGUACUUAUAGUUUUAUUGAUCAACAAGCAGUGGAGGAAAUUAGUUAUGUACCAGUUUAUAGUCCACCUAUGAGGGUGACUGUUGUUGAUGGUAAUUAUGUCAUUUGCAAUGCUAGUUGUGCAAGAUUCAGUUGGAAAAUGCAUAAUAAAUCCUUCCAGGAAGACUUGAGGAUCAUUCAAUUGGGAGGGUAUGAUAUGGUGUUAGGCAAUGAUUGGAUGAAGACAUAUAAUCCUAUCAAGUUUAACCAUGAGAAAAGGUGCAUUACAAUGAAAGGAAGGGCAUCAAGACUGUGCUGCAUGCCAUACUUGAAUCGGGCCGUUUAAGCUUGAUCAGUGGCAGUGUUAUGAGGAAAUUGUUAAAAAAGGGUCAAACACUUAUGGCUCAUUUGUUCAUGGUAAAUAUGACUUAGUUACCAUAACAGGAAGAAGUAGCUGAACCAAUACAACAGGUGCUUGACAAAUACAAAGAAGUUUUUGCAGAGCCAAAAGCAUUGCAUCCUGCCAGAUCAUUAGACCAUCAAAUUCCCUUAAAACCAAAAAUUGCACUAGUUAGCCUGAGGCCAUAUAGAUACAAUUACUAUCAGAAGGAAGAACUAGAAAAACAAGUAACAGAAAUGUUGCUCAGUGGGACAACUCGACCAAGUCAGUCUCCUUUUUCUUCUCCUGCAUUGUUGGUGAAGAAGAUGGAACCUGGAGAUUUUGUGUAGAUUAUAGAGGGUUAAAUGACAUCACUAUCAAGGACAAAUACCCCAUACCUAUUGUGGAUGAUCUUUUAGAUAAACUGCAUUGAUCAGUAAUUUUUUCCAAGAUGUAUCUUAAAGCUGGAUAUCACCAAAUUAGAAUGAAAGCUAAGGAUGUAUUCAAAACUGCAUUCAGAGCUCACACGGGGCAUUAUGAAUUCAAGGUCAUGCCAUUUGGGCUUACAAAUGCCCCUGCUACAUUUUAGGCUUUGAUGAAUCAGGUUUUUCAGCCUUUCCUUAGAAAAUUUGUAUUUUUUUUUAAUGACAUCUUGGUCUAUAGUCAGUCCUUAACAGACCAUGUGAAUCAUUUAGCAAGUGAAACUUUAAACACCCUUUAUGCAAAAAGAACUAAGUGCUCUUUUGGGCAAUCUAAAGUUGAGUACCUAGGACAUGUAAUUACUGCUUAUGGUGUAUCUACUGAUUCAAGCAAGGUUGAGCCAUGGUAAACUGGCCUAUACCAACUACAAUUAAAGCACUUAAAGUUUUUUUUGGGACUUACUGGCAAUUAUAGAAAAUAUGUAGCCAAUUAUGGAGUUAUUUGCAGACCAUUAACAGACUUGUUGAAGAAAGAAGGAUUCGAAUGCGGUGAGGAAG